AGCCCUCUGCAGGCAUUUGCUGAGGGCUCCAGGACAAGCACUCCAUCAGCCGGUGCGUCUGGGCUGGGACAGUGAAAAUGUUCAGUGUCAUCGGCGACAAAUACACGUACAGGGGACCCCAAUAGGCAGGCUGGUGUGUUGGGGGCAGGAAGCCAGGAGUGGAGUCGGACAUAAGUGUGCGCGCACAUAUACGUGUAGCUGGCCGCACGUGUGUGGACUUUAAAAAGAGACUUUAGUUUUGGUUUUCGUUUUGGUUCUGGGGGUGAACUUUCUGCUGAACAUUUUUCCCUUCUAUUUAAUUUUUUUUUGUUUUUUUGCAUUUUUAAAAAUUUGAAUAUAAAAAGUGUAAGAAUCAAACCUUUGAAAGACUGAGGUGUGCUGCAGACGGCAGAUGGAUCCCGUGGCCAGCAGCUGCAUGAGGAGCCCCCACCCCCCAGCCCCUGUCUGGGGCUGCCUUCGAAAUCCCCACUCCGAAGGCAGUGGGGCCUCAGGGCUACCCCACUACCCGCCAACCCCAUUCUCCUUCCACCAGAAACCAGACUUCCCGGCGACAGCGACAGCAGCAUACCCCGACUUCUCGGCCUCCUGCCUGGCGGCCACCCCACACAGCCUGCCCCAGGAGGAGCGGGUCUUCACUGAGCAGCACCCCGCCUUCCCACAGCCCCCUGACUGGCACUUCCCUGUCUCGGAGGCCCGGCGCAGGCUCAACCCAGGCCCAACUGGGGGCUCCAGGGAGAUGGGGGCCAGCAGCCCCGGCCUGGUGGAUGCCACGAGAGGCCCCGGAGAGGACUAUGAGGUCCUUGGGAGCACUACCAAUGAGACAGAGAAGAAGUCAUCCAGACGGAAAAAGGAGAGUUCAGACAACCAGGAGAACCGAGGAAAACUGGAGGGCAGCAGCAAAGCCCGCAAGGAGAGGACAGCAUUCACCAAGGAGCAGCUGCGGGAGCUCGAGGCGGAGUUUGCUCACCAUAACUACCUGACCCGGCUCCGGAGAUACGAGAUCGCUGUAAACCUGGAUCUCUCCGAGAGGCAGGUCAAAGUGUGGUUCCAGAACCGAAGGAUGAAGUGGAAGCGUGUGAAGGGUGGUCAGCCCAUCUCCCCUCAUGGGCAGGACCCUGAGGAUGGGGACUCUGCAGCCUCUCCAAGUUCAGAGUGAGAGUCUCCAUGGAGAAGAAAGGACUGAGGACUGAGCCCCUACCCAACCACCCCCACCCCAAUCCCACUCUCACCUCUGCCAUCUACCCCAGGGCAGCCUCUCCACAUCUUGCAGUGAUUCUUGGAUAUGAAGCUGCCCAGCAUUCCUGGGAGCCUUGAAGUUUUCCAGAAAGUUCUGUCUAGCAUUGCUCUGUCUUAGCAACCCCUUCCCCAGGCCCUUUGCUUCCCACAAUGCUUGUGGAAUAAUACAGCGGCCAGAUCGAACCUGAGUGAAUCCGGGGAACAACUCCAGGGACACUGCUUCUCAGGGUCUCGUGGCUGCUACCCACCCCUCCUCCUACCAUCCUCCUGCUACAUGGGCCAGGCCUCCUCCAAGUCUGAAUACCACCUGGCCUGCUGGGAGAGGAGCCUUGGGA